UAUAAAAGUUUCAUAAGUGACCUUUUUGGGGAGUGAGUUCGUCAAAUUGGUAAACCGACGUACGAAUCGCCGAUGAGCGGAUUUGCUUCUCAGAUUCCAUCCAUGGCGCUUCUGGGAUCCGGAUUUACCAGCGAGGUUGGGUUGCGUGUAUUGCUUUCUCCACUUGGUUCGAAUAUCGUACUUCGUACAGCAUGCUGUUCCAUUGGCAUUGGGUUGCCUGUGUACUCUACCUUCAAGGCCAUUGAGAGUAGAGAUGAGAAUGAACAACGAAAAUGGCUUAUCUACUGGGCAGCUUAUGGUUCUUUCAGCCUUGUUGAAGUGUUCACAGACAAGAUCAUUUCCUGGUUCCCAUUGUACUAUCAUGUGAAAUUUGCAUUCCUUGUCUGGCUUCAACUCCCAACUGUCGAGGGAUCAAAACAAAUAUAUAACAACCAGAUUCGUCCUUUCCUCCUACGACACCAAGCUAGAGUGGACCGACUCGUGGAUGGAGUAUAUGAUGAAAUGGUGAAGGUCGUGAGGUCGCACCAAGGAGAAAUACGGUUUAUCCGAGCAAUGAUUGCCAAACUCUUGGGAUCAGUCAAUGAGGUUGUACCACCAGGCCAACGACUCGGAGAAAUAGCAGACGAGAGCCCCUCAGCAGAAAGAAACUCAGAUUCAGAAUCGGAUUCAAAUCACGAUGACUAAUAAAACAAAGUGUAAUCGUAGCUUUUGCAGCUUCUACAGUCUUGUAGGUCAAAUCUCUAUUACACAAAAAUGUCAAACGAUUGUAUAGUUAUGUAAUCUCAAAUAACGUUGGACCGAGUUUUUUUUUUUAA